AUGGCCUCCGCCAGGACAUCGCAUGAGGGAAUCGACAUCGGGAGGGUGUGGCUUGACGGCGAGCCUUCUUCCUCGGUCUCUUCUCGGCUGCGGGAGGCCCUCACGAACUGCUCCAAGGUACGUUCUGCGUGAGCGGGAUUUAGCUGGGGGACAGGGAGGGAGAACUGCUCUGCACUAUGCCCUGAUUCUUCUUUUUUGUAUUAGUAUUUUGCCGCCGGGGAUUACGGUGGCGGAGACAAGGCGAUCGCGGAGGUUGUCGAACUGCUGACCAACAUAGUGGAAUGGUCACCGUCAGCUUCGGAGAAUGUUGUCCCUAGGGAGGCCGUCUCGGAGGAGGCGUUGCUGGAGAUCCUUGAAUUUUUAUCAUCUCCUACUGCAGAUGAGGUUAAUAUUUUUCAGAAAAUUGUCCCCGUUUGAGGUAGGUGUUUACGCCUUUGAUGUGUCGUCGCAUUCGUUUGCAGAUGACGGUAGAUGCACUCUCUUUGGAGCUUCCGAAGCUGGUGGUGAAGUUCGUCGGUAUCUCUGAUGAAUGUAGGAAGUACGCGGAGAGGAUUAUAGACUACCUCAUUACCACUUGCAACCCACGUGACAUGCUUUCAAUGCUCUGUGAGGCGAGUAACCAAUUGGAGAGGUUUAUUUCAUUUUCUUUUUACCAGGGACUUCUGAUUCGUUUACUUAUCUAAGACAGAUCAUGCCUGAUAUCGUGUUUGUAAUUUGAGUAGAUUAACUUUGAUGAACUUUAAACUUGCUUUUGCCUCCGUAAAUUCCCUAGGAAAAUAUAAUUUCGCAUUGGGUUUUCGUUCAUAUAUCUUGGGUAUUGGUAUACUGUGCGAAUUUGACAUGAACAUGUCGAAAUAAUCCAAACCUUAUGAUCGAAAAUAUAUCCUCCUCGUAGCGAAAUAUUUGUAUCACGAGGAACAUUUUUUUUGAAAGAGGACCGCACGUCUGAAAGAAAUUUGUGAAGAUAAUCACUGUGUGAUCUAUGAACUAAUUUCUCUACCUAUGUUCCAUGGUUGGAACUUGUGUAGCAAAAAGAGGUCAUUUGUUUUUCUUCGAAUGGAAUACGUAUCUUUCUGUAUUUUCUUUACAGAUAGGUUUAAAAGAUAUAAUGAAUAUGUCGAGUCGUGAUUUAUACAUUUUCAAUGUCGCUGUCGUCUUCAAUGCAUUGAUAUAAACCUUAUCACGUUGAUCUAUGCUUGGUUAGAACAGAGCAUAGAUCCAAGUGUUUUCCAAAAGGAUAAAAAUCCAAUUUCGAUUUUACACUUGAUCUUCACCCGGGAAACAAUCUGUCGAAUUUUCUAUAAUCUUCACUCGGCCAGUUUUAUGCCAUAGAGUGAAGUGAAACACUGUCGUUGGUUUUAAUAUCUCAUGUUUAAAUUGGACAUGAGCAGCGUGCAUCAGUCAAGCCAUUGCAAUCAUUCUCUUUAACAGUUGUUUGACGAAUGCUUCUAUGUUAGUUUAUUCAUUAUUUGGAAGGGUAAAACUUAAUUUCUCAUGUAUGGUACGGUGCGCUGAUAUCUGCAUAGCUAGUACGAUGCUCGAUGAUCCUUGUUUGCAUCGUUUCUGACAUCCUCUACUUUGCUCCAGGCAUUAGAUUCGCAAAUUAAAGUAUCUACAAUGCCCAUUGAUUUUGUCGUUCUCUUGGCAGGACUAUCGAAAGGUAAUCCCUCAGAGAACCACACAAGGCUAUUGAAACACACAGGCCUGUUCUUUGUAUUUCAAUUUGUGAUGUAGUUUGUCCGUCCAUUUCCGGUUCUUUCUGGUGGAAUAAAUCAUUUUUUUUGGGUUUUAACUUUUUAAUUCGAAACAAGAAGUCACAUGGUCUCGAAAGUUCACAUAAGAACUUCAAGUAUUGACAUUUGAAGAUAGAUUUGCUGAAUUUUUCUUUUCUCUCCUGACAGUUGACGUACUGAAUUUUGUCUUUAGUGAUCCUUAGCGUCAGGAGGCAUCAUGUUCAGCAAAUAAAAGUGGCACUUCCUGUUGUUCUCAAAGUUACCCGUACUAUAUCUUCAGAUUUUGAUGGGGAAGAUGAAGUUUCUCUUCUUGAUCUUUAUAGAGCAGUUAUUGGCAUCGGGAUAUCCAUUCAGUCAGUCUGUGAUAAAUCGGUCUGUGAAGUUUCUGAGGGCACCUCAUCCUAUUUUUGCAUUUAUGAAGCCACCUGGUGCACGAAAAACAUCUCAAUCUGCAUUGUUCGUUUCUUCUUCUGUCAUGCAAUAGAUGGGAGAAAGGAAAGAAGAGCUCCGUGCUAUACUCGGUCUAUACACAAUACAAAACUUGGUCAGUCGUGCUCACUUUGGAAUUUUUAUUUUUAUUUUUUAUUUGGAAAAUACAGUUGCCUCUCAUGCAUUAACUAGACAGGUUUCUUUACUUGAUACUUAGGCUGUUUUAUUUUCCUGUGUAAUUUUUUCUCUAGGCAUUUCUUUCCAUGAGUAAUCUGGCAAGCAAAGUUUCAAGCUGUAUUUCUUCUGUGAAAGAAUUAUCUCAGUUCCUUCCGAUUUGUGGCUUGUCUUAUCUUGGCCUUAUAACUGGAGAUGAUGUUGAAUCAAUUAAUCGGGCAGUUUGGGGAGGUAUUAUUUUCUUUUCUAUUUUUUCUGUUAUAGUUUAUUUUAGAUAUUUCCUUUUCUCUGAGUUCUUUAUGAUAAAUUGCAGAAGAUGAAGAUGACUUUGUGAUUUGGUUGCCAUCAGCUAAGGGUGGCGCAUGUCUUGCAGGUCUCUUUUGACAUAUUCCUCGUAAUUUUUCUAUAUCUUUAAAAAAUAUCCAUCACUCUUUUACUCACUCAUUAAUUAUGGCUGAUUACUUCUCCCUAUUUAUGGUUUUUCUGACAUUUUAUCAGUGUUAUGGGGUUCUAUCUCUGAGGAGGUUGCAAAAGCCGCUGGAGAGCUAGUGGUUACUCUUUUGGAUGAACUUCGCACAAGUCCGACUAAGAGGUGGCAAGCAGUUGGAAUGCUGAAGCAUCUGCUCUCAUCAACCGAUUAUUCAUGGAAAAUUAAAGCUCACAGUGUUGAACUACUUCUAAACAUCAUGGAUGCAACUGUCGAUGAAGAACAAGAUAAUGAUUGUACAGAGAGAUCAUUCCUAAUCCCCAGCAUUUUUGCUGCUUUGCAGGUAGUACUACUUGUGUGAGGGUGGGGCUGAUGUGAUUGAUGACCAUCAUUCCUACGCACUCUCUCUUAUGGCAAAUAAACCUUUCAGGCUCUCGAGAAGGUGAUGGUAUUUUCCGCAGAUGCAGCUUUGAGGAAGAAAGCUUUCUCUGCAUUUAAGAAAGUAUGUAGCACAUUAUCAAAUAUUUCUCUGUCAUGCUCUAUUAAUAUGUGCUUAAUCAGGAGAAAAAAAACCUGUCUCACUCGUAUCUGUUAAACUCUAGUGAGUUAUAAUUUUAUUUUUUUUAUUUUUUUUGCACUGAACAUCAAAAUUUCUUACAAGAACUUGAAGGAUUUCAUUUCAUUUUCAGUUAUCGUACCAACCAACACCUGCCCCUCAGCUGCCAGUUCAAAUACCUUUCCAUUCUAACCUGUUUGAUGCGUUUCCAGUAUCAGACUGCAACUCAUGCUUUUGCCGCCUGAAAUUAUCUGCUCUCAAGAUACUAAUCUCAUCUCCAUGAGGCUAAAUACCCGCUUGGUUUCCUGUCAUCAGUCUCUAACUUUGUUUCUUGGGGCCAUCACUGAAGAACCAUUUUGUUGGCAGCUGAUUCUUCAAGCAUGUAUGCAUCUGUGGAUAUGCUUCAUUUAUGGUAUAUUCGACAUGAUUUCUGCUGAUGCUUUCAAUUGGGUGAUUGGAUUCCACGUGGAUUAUUCGGACGGUCAACUCAGUUCCAUCAUACUCGUCCACGUCGCAUAGCUGCAUGAGGAUGUGGCUCCCGACGACUUCCCCCUCAGUGAUGCGAUGAGAGAGGAGAAUGAUUAUCAGUCCUACCCUUUUUGUGGAAGCCUGAUUAAUGUGCGGAAAAACAUCAAUUUUUUUUCUAUAUCAGCGAUAUAUUUUUUGCCCACUCACCAGAAAUUGUCAUGCCUAUUUUUGGAAAAAAAACCCAUCAGUAUCUGGUUUUCCUCUAUUUUUACCCAUAAUUCUUCCCCGAAAUGGAUCUCAUAAUUUUUAUUCUUAUUUUUUUCGGCGAAAUUUCUCCAGGUAGUGUCUGAUAUUCCGCGUCUCCAAAGGUUCGACGUCCUGAAGGCUCUGAUCACAAAUAGCUCAUCUCCCGACAUGGUGAGCUCCCCCCGGGUCUCCGAGACACGUCUUGCCACUUGUCGCUUAUGGAAGUCCCCACGUGGACAGGUCGGGCUUCUUCUGGAUCUUGUCCGAGAGGAGGUCAACCAGGAGAGCAGGAGAGGGGCUUCGUCAUCAGAAGACGCACCUUCGUUCUGGAGCGGGAGCGCCCUCGAGCUGGUCGAGCUGGUCCUCAGACCGCCUAAGGGUGGCCCCCCUGCCUUCCCCCAGGACGGCGUGCCGGUACUCUUCUGA